UUGUAGAUUUGGAAUUGGAAAAUUACAGUUACGAAGUAUCUAACAAUGACAGGAGGCAAAAACAAAAGCAAACCGGAAGAUAGCCAGCAGAAAAUGGAAACACAUGUUGAAGAGGAUGACGAGUUUGAAGAAUUCCCUCAACAAGACUGGCAGGCUAAAGAAGGCGCUGAGGAUGAAGAAGAACUGAAUGUCUGGGAGGACAACUGGGAUGAUGAAGCGAAUGAGAACGAUUUUGCCAAACAACUAAGAGAUGAACUUGCUAAACACGGUCAUGGCACUGCAACAUGACUGGAUGCUGUAAUAUCGAUGUUCUAUUAAAUUACAAAUUUAAUUCAUUGAGUUUUUUAAGUUCUUGUGGCAUAAACCUCUUUCUUUCGAAGCCAAGGAGUUACAAAAACAAAUAUGCAGGAUAAAAGGUUUCUAUUAAAAAGUACAUUUAACCGAAAAACUUCACUGUCGGAACAUUUCAGUACAUCUUAUGGCUG